GGCGAACUCCUGGAAUUUAAAAAGAAGAAAAGGGCAGAGAGAGAGAUCCCAGUUCUCUCCAUCUCAUCACCAACCCAAAAUCCAAAAUCCGGACCGUUGAUUCCUUCGACGAUCGAGAUCCUUUUAAAGAGUUUGAAGGUCGACAAGAUGCGUUGGCAUCCCUGCAUAGUUUACAUAGAAAUUGGAAUUCCUGUUCUUAGCUGAACUACGUUUCAGGCAGAAAUGGUGGAGAAAUGCUAGCUUCUCAAUCUGGGUUGUGUUUUCUGCAUUGCCCAAAACACCAAGUGCACUAAGUUGGAUCCACAAGGUUUCUGUGUCUUGGCAGCACGCCCAACCACUAUCUCAGACCAUCUAGUCAGAUUUGUGUCCAUGUAGUCAUGAUCGGCAUCCAUUGAUUCUGAUUUCUCCAUGGAUCCAAUACUUGAAUAAGCUAGAGUCAUAUCAUUUCUGAGGAGAUGAAAGGAGUGUCUUGGGGGCUGAUAGUUGGUGUUUCUGUUGGGGUGAUAAUUGGAGUGCUUUUGGCCAUUUCGGCUCUGUUCUGUAUUAAGAUUCAGAGACGACGUGCACAGCUAAGGAGUAGCAGUUCAAGGAGGGCCGCAGCCAUUCCCAUGCGUGCCAAUGGUGCUGAUUCUUGUACGAUAUUGUCGGACUCAACGAUUGGUCAGGAAUCGCCGAAACCUUCUGAAUCGAAUGGGAUGUCCUUGUGGCUGGAGGGAUCUAGGAGGAAGGGUGUACUCUCAGUCUCUGGGAUACUCAAAUAUCCUUACAAAGAAAUCCAAAAAGCAACUCAUAAUUUUACAUCAGUGAUUGGGCAAGGGGCAUUUGGUCCUGUUUACAAGGCUCAGAUGUCGACUGGUGAGACAGUUGCGGUUAAAGUGCUUGCCACUAAUUCCAAGCAAGGAGAGAAGGACUUUCAAACAGAGGUUCUACUGCUUGGGAGAUUACAUCACAGAAACCUUGUGAAUUUGGUGGGCUAUUGUGCGGAAAAAGGCCAGCACAUGCUUGUAUAUGUCUACAUGUGUAACGGCAGUCUCGCGUCUCAUUUGUAUAGUGAAACACAUGAGCCACUGAGUUGGGAUUUGAGGGUUCAUAUAGCACUAGAUGUUGCAAGGGGUUUGGAAUAUCUUCAUGAUGGGGCUGUUCCACCUGUAGUGCAUCGGGACAUCAAAUCUUCCAAUGUACUGUUGGAUCAGUCCAUGAGAGCUAGAGUGGCUGAUUUUGGGCUUUCAAGGGAAGAAAUUGCAAACCCACAUGCAUCUAGUGUCAGGGGAACUUUUGGCUAUCUCGAUCCCGAGUAUGUAUCAACGAGGACCUUCACUAAGAAAAGUGAUAUUUACAGCUUUGGAGUCUUGCUGUUUGAAUUGAUAGCGGGCAGGAAUCCUCAACAGGGUCUGAUGGAUUAUGUUGAACUUGCGGCUUUAGACACUGAAGGGAGAGGCGGGUGGGAGGAAAUUGCCGAUUCCCGUCUAGAUGGGAAAUACAACACGCAAGAACUCAAUGACAUGGCGAUCCUUGCAUACAAGUGCAUCAACCUUAGUGUGAGGAAGCGGCCUCCAAUGAGAGACAUUGUUCAGUCGCUCACUCGGAUUAUUAAGAUGCGGCACAGUCGAAAGCAUCAGAAGCAAGCCCUGCCUGUUACAGUGGAGGAAGUCACGAUCGAUAUGGACCAAUCGGAGGUCCUGACUCCGACGUCUGUGCAUCAGAGAGAAGAAUCAGUCGACAGCACACUAGGUCAACCUGAUGUUUGAUAUUAGAUUCUUAAAAAAAAAAAAAAACUUAUCUGUGUUGUUGUGGAUUUGUUUUUGUUUGAUUUUAUUAAUGGUUGCAUAGAUCCCAAAUUCAUUGUAACAUAACAACAUAACAGUUUUUGUACAGUCAUUCUUUUUGCUCAAAAGGAAAAAGUGUUAAAUUGUUUUCU